GGGACUUCGCCCGAAGUUGCGGGGCCCCAGCCAGGGGCCGGCGGCCAGCAUGGGCACGCUGCGAGACCUGCAGUACGCGCUCCAGGAGAAGAUCGAGGAGCUGAGGCAGCGCGACGCGCUCAUCGACGAACUCGAGCUCGAGCUGGACCAGAAGGACGAGCUCAUCCAGAAGCUGCAGAACGAGCUGGACAAGUACCGCUCGGUGAUCCGGCCCGCCACGCAGCAGGCGCAGCAGGCGGCGCAGCAGCAGGCGGCACAGCAGCCCCGCGGCGGCGGCGGCGCUGGCGGCGGCGCGGGGAGCGGUGCGGGGGGCGGCGCGGGGGGCGGCGCGGGCGAGCCCCGCACCAAGCGCCAGGCGAUCUCCGCUGAGCCCACUGCCUUCGACUUGCAGGACCUCAGCCACGUGACGCUGCCCUUCUACCCCAAGAGCCCCCAGUCCAAGGAUCUUAUCAAGGAAGCCAUCCUUGAUAAUGACUUCAUGAAGAACCUAGAGCUGUCUCAGAUCCAGGAAAUUGUGGAUUGUAUGUAUCCUGUGGAGUAUGGCAAAGACAGCUGCAUCAUCAAGGAAGGCGAUGUGGGCUCCCUGGUGUACGUCAUGGAAGAUGGAAAAGUUGAAGUUACCAAAGAGGGGGUGAAGCUGUGCACUAUGGGACCGGGCAAAGUCUUUGGAGAACUUGCAAUUCUAUACAACUGUACCCGCACAGCCACCGUCAAAACUCUUGUAAAUGUGAAACUCUGGGCCAUCGAUCGACAAUGUUUUCAGACAAUAAUGAUGAGGACAGGUCUCAUCAAGCACACAGAGUAUAUGGAGUUCUUGAAAAGUGUUCCCACGUUCCAGAGCCUCCCUGAAGAGAUUCUAAGCAAGCUGGCUGAUGUUCUGGAAGAGACACACUAUGAGAAUGGGGAAUAUAUCAUCAGGCAAGGAGCCCGAGGGGACACCUUUUUCAUCAUUAGCAAAGGAACGGUCAAUGUCACUCGAGAAGACUCCCCAAGUGAAGACCCAAUCUUCCUUCGCACUUUAGGGAAAGGUGAUUGGUUUGGAGAAAAGGCCCUGCAGGGGUCCCCAAGUAGGAGCAAGGGAAAUGAGAGAAAACAAGAAAGAACAAAGCGGGCAUCAGGAGAACUGAGGGAAGAUGUGAGAACUGCCAAUGUCAUUGCUGCAGAAGCAGUGACCUGCCUUGUGAUCGACAGAGACUCCUUCAAGCACUUGAUUGGAGGCUUGGACGACGUUUCUAAUAAAGCCUAUGAAGACGCAGAGGCCAAAGCAAAAUAUGAAGCUGAAGGGGCAUUCUUCGCCAACCUGAAACUGUCGGAUUUCAACAUCAUCGACACACUGGGAGUUGGAGGUUUUGGACGAGUCGAGCUGGUCCAGCUGAAAAGUGAAGAAUCAAAAACAUUUGCCAUGAAGAUUCUUAAGAAGCGCCACAUCGUAGACACGAGACAGCAGGAGCACAUCCGUUCCGAAAAGCAGAUUAUGCAAGGGGCUCACUCAGAUUUCAUUGUCAGACUCUAUCGGACCUUCAAGGACAGCAAAUAUCUGUACAUGCUGAUGGAAGCCUGUCUGGGUGGAGAGCUGUGGACGAUUCUCAGGGACAGAGGUUCAUUUGAAGAUUCGACGACGAGAUUUUAUACAGCGUGUGUGGUAGAAGCAUUCGCCUAUCUGCAUUCCAAAGGAAUCAUUUACAGGGACCUCAAGCCAGAAAACCUCAUUCUCGAUCACCGAGGUUAUGCCAAACUGGUUGACUUUGGCUUUGCAAAAAAAAUAGGAUUUGGAAAGAAAACAUGGACAUUUUGUGGGACCCCAGAGUAUGUAGCCCCAGAGAUCAUCCUGAACAAAGGUCAUGACAUUUCAGCAGACUACUGGUCGCUGGGAAUCCUAAUGUAUGAACUCCUGACUGGCAGUCCCCCUUUCUCAGGCCCGGAUCCUAUGAAGACCUAUAAUAUCAUAUUGAGAGGAAUUGACAUGAUAGAAUUUCCAAAGAAGAUUGCCAAAAAUGCUGCUAAUUUAAUUAAAAAACUAUGCAGGGACAAUCCAUCAGAAAGAUUAGGAAAUUUGAAAAAUGGAGUAAAAGACAUCCAGAAGCACAAAUGGUUCGAAGGCUUUAACUGGGAAGGCUUGAGAAAAGGAACCUUGACGCCGCCUAUAAUCCCGAGCGUCGCAUCCCCCACAGAUACGAGCAACUUUGACAGCUUCCCUGAGGACAACGAUGAACCGCCGCCGGACGACAACUCGGGAUGGGACAUAGACUUUUAACGCAUUUUUCUUACCUGCUUCUGCCUUGCUGAAGACAGCUUUUCUGAGACACGGCUGCCAGCAAACCUGAAGGAAUGGGAGAAGAUCCGUGCUCGGGGUCACCAUGAUGCCUUGAUCGAUGAUGCUGCUACGGCACUCCAGUGGCAUUAGGACUUAUCGCUUAGAUGACAAUAUGCUCUCUACAUGUUUUAUGUUUGAACCGAAACUUGCAGUUGCCAUGGUGGUCCUGAAGCAAAGCCUUUUCACCAGUAAAGAAACGAUUUCUGCCCCAUCCACGAUCUCACGUUGCUCUAGUUCUAACCCAAAAGAGAAAACUGGUAUCAGAAACGUCAGCCCAGCUUAGAUCCGAACCUCGCAGCUAGGCGUCUCCUUGACGGGUACCACAGUCCGUCCUCUAGGGUUGGGUGGCCAGGAUGUCAACACUCUUAAACAGGGCUCUUGUACUGUAGGCUAGUGUCUAUACAGGGGGGAAAGGACCACAAAUGGAUCCGUCAACUCUUUUUUUCUGUCAUUUCCCCCCAAGCCGUCAUCAUAACAAGCCUGAAUCUUCCCUUCUUUUUUGCUUCUUUUUCUUUUUUUUUCUUUACCAAAAUGGGAGGAAGGGGAAAAAAAGGGAACAAGCAUUGAUGAAGCGCCAACUGAGUACUGAGCGCUUUACAAAUAUCUCCUUUAAUAGUUAAGAAAAAAAUAAUAGUGAUAAAAGCACAAUUCUGCGAAUGGUUUCCGAGAACCAUCACGGCAGAUGUGGACACGUUCUUAUACACAAGUGACAAUGAAGUGCAUGAUGUUUCUGCUGUUUUUUUGUUAUUCUUAUCGUUUUUCCUUUUGGUCCACAGGCUUGGUUGAAUUAAAAAAAGAAAGAAAGAAAGAAAGAAAGAAAGAAAUUCAUAAAACCAUUUCACGUUUUAGCAGAACAGUCCGGGAGCUAGAAGGGCGGCAGCUGAUUGGUUUUCUUCAUUCUCUAACAGACCCUCAGACAGGGGUUUCAAAAUAUUCUGAUUUUUUUUAAAGAUUCCUUCCCCCCCCCAUCCUUGAGGGGAAAAAAUAAGACUCAUCAAAACACCCCCUGAAAAACCACUCUAGAGGUGCUAUGUAUAUCUUUCAUCUGUAAAUGUCAACUCAAAAACCAGCCAACACCCCUCUCAGCCAUUUCAUCUUCAUUUCACAGGUAGCCAGAGAUUCAUCGUCUCCACUGAGGUGAUUAAACCUAUUUCACUUCCCCUGAUCUUAGCUCCUGAUCUAUGGAAGGGGGGAGAGGGUAGGAGGGAAUCAAAUCAAAUUCUUGUCUUCCUCUACGAAGCUAACUAAGUCUGGAGCCAACACUGGCCAGAGCCAACGAGGGAGGAAUGAAAGAAUAAAACUGAGUGAAUUCAGGGAGGAAGACAAGAAUCUGACCUGCUUGAUGUUUUCUUUAUUUUUUGGCUUUGCUUUUUCCCCCCAAAAGUACUCUACGUAAUGACAUCAGGCCAUUAGCCCUGGGAUGAAAAGAAAGAAGAAAACAUGGGGCAGAGAUGAAAUCAAUUCUUCUAACUUCUUUAACCAAAUGGCAGAAAGUGAGAAUACUUUAGAUUUAGCUCAGAAAGACUGAGUCAAAAAAGAUUAGGAACACACACACAAAAUAACCUAAUACAAUCAAAUUUGCUUUUGCAUGCCUAGUGGUAUUUUGAAGGUCCCUGGUCAAAAAGACCUGCUAAGGUCUAAUCCCGAAGUUUACCUAGCCCAUUUGACCAUGAGCCUUUGAAAUAUUAUUUUGGCACGAAGGGCAGGCACUCCACGGAGGGCUCUGCAUGUUCAAUCCAUCAAUAUUUACUGAGUUCUCCUCUGGAUUUGGAAUAGUGUGAAGGAAGGUUGAUGGGGGUUUUCACUGUGGUGGCAGCAUUAAGUGAACAAAGUGAGGAAAUGAAAUGUGAUGAUUUCUGUAAAUUUCUCCACUUUAGAUCUUCCUGUCAGAACAGAAGCCAAAUGAUUUUACUUACAGUAGAUGGCACAUCGCAUUUAAAUUUCUUACAAUGAAGACAUUGUCAGAAAUGCAAUGAGUUUUAUUUUUAUUUGUGUAUAAGCCCAAAUAUACACCAACUGAAAUAUAGUAGUACUAGGGGCAAAUUCAAUUUAGUUAUUUUUUUUUUAAUUUGGAGUCUGUUCAAAUGUGCUAUUUCCUUCCAAAUUUACAAAUGAGACUAAUGUUCUGAAGGACAUUAGCUGUAUGGGUUGGGGAAGGGUAGGAGGUGGGCAGAGAGGAACUAGAUUUUUUUUUUAAGAUUGUUAAUUAUUUUUUAAAGAUUGCUCAAAACAAAUAAAUAAUGAAUCAUUUUUAUGGGGCAUCAGCAUUGAGAGAUAGCUCUGAGCUCCCAAUUUAACAUAAUCAUUUCUAAAAGAGAACCAGUUUGCUCCUAGUGAUUUCAGAGGUCUAGAUUAAACAAAUCAGCCUGGUUGCCUAUCCUUUCUAGCCUGGUCUGAAACUUCUCCAUUCCUAGCAUUCCUUCUGAUUUGGCUUAGAUUUUUUUUAACUGACCCUUUUACAUUGAAUUCUUAUAGUAAACAGAGAAACAAUAAUUGCUAGAGAAAAUAAAAUGGGAGCAUUAAUGAUUUUUCCAAAAAAGUUUAAUCUGCCUAAGAUUUAAUAGCAUGCUAAAGUUGUCUAAAAGAGGACAAAAAGAUAGCCCCAAACAACAACAAAAUAAAUUCAUCUGACGUUUCAGCAGCACAGAAAAACAAUAAUUGCUAGAAAAAAUAAAAUGGGAGCACUUAUGAUUUUUCAAAAAAAGUUUAAUCUGCCUAAGAUUUAAUAGUAUGCUAAAGUUAUCUAAAAGAGGAAAAAAAUAGCCUCAAAUAACAGCAAAAAAUUCAUCUGACAUUUCAGCAGCGUGCAGAUGCUCGCUAACUUGUCAUGAGUCUCUGCAAUGAUUGUUCACUUGGCCAAUUAUUGAUUUUCAAGGUUACAAAGUAGUGCUGUGCACCAUAGAACUGACUACACAGAUUCUUCCUGAUUCUUGUAUCUUUCUCGUGUAGCAUGGCUUAGCACUAUUUCAAACAAUACCUGAAAAAGAUUUGAGGGUACUUACAAGCAAAAAACAAAAACAAAAUCCAAAUAUCUAUUCAAUAUACAUAACUUUCGCCACUGAAAUGAAGGAUUCAGGUACUGUCUGCAGACACUAAGAUUUGAGGACUAAAGUCAUGAUUUCCACAAAAUACUUUCCACCCAAUUUCUCUACUCUUCCUUUCUCCCUCUUUUCUACCUAAUAUUUAGUAGUCGUGGUUGUGGUAUCUAGAAGAAAUGUCCUUGUUUCUUUUGCUCAAUUUCUUGUGAAUACAUCAAAGUUUGGGGAGAAAGGGCUUUCUAUGGGGGGUUAUUGACAGUGAUAUUGAUGAACAGUUAAGGAAAUGGAUGCCAUUUUGGGGGGUGGACAGAAUACAUAAAAGAACAUUUUCCUGGGGAAAAGUCUAUGAAUGACCUUGAAGUCUUGCUGUCCCCUUUGUCCUUGGACUCUAGGACGUAACAUCUGACCUCAGUAGCUUCUAAUACCAAUCUGUUGGGAUCCUUUAUUGCCAGUGCAAAUCUAUUUCCAAAUGUUAUUCUCUCCUUAAAAAUGAUGGAGGAAGGCAUAUGAUUUGCACGUGCGCACACAGAACAAUCUCUAUAAGUUGAACGUUCAUUUUUCCUCCCUAAUUUGAGUCUCACUUCCAUGUGAGCAAACCAACGCCCUACUGAAAAAUUCCAAGUCAGCUACCAUAUUGAAAACCAGGAUGUUAGGACUGAAUUCCCAAGGUAGAGGUGAUCUGUGGCUUAUUUCAAUACUGCAUUCUUCAUAACCAAUUUUUCUUUCACGAUAGGACCACAAAGAAAUAUUUAUGUAAAUAGAUAUUUUCGUGCUGAUAUUUUGUGGUACAUAUAUGACUUUCUUUUUGCCCGUGUUCCAUGGCAUUCUCCUUUGGUUUCCAACUUCUUUGUAACAUGUAACGAUUUUAGGUCUGAGUAGACUCGAAUGGUCAUAAUUGUCAGUAUUCUUGAAAACUUCUGUCCAUCAUCCUGUUACUCAUCUGUCCCAUAGUUUAGAACAUGACCUGGCUAUUUGGUAUUGUUGCAAGUGCCUUAAAUUCAUGGCAUCCUAUUAAAAAAAACAAAACAAAACAAAACAAAAAAAAAAACAAAGUUGGUGUUAUGCUGCAUGACAAAACAAAUACACCUCAAAAUGUUGUCCUUUCUUAGCUUGCUGCGUUUUACAGUUCUUUCUGCUAACGAUUUCUAAGCCUUUAUUAUAUAAUAUUGAACUACAGAAAUGAUGAAGUGGUUCUCUUAUUUCUGUUAAAUGUACCAGAGCUGUGUAUCUGUUCAUGAGAUACAGCGUCAUUUCUGUGAAAUGUCUAAAUGUACGUGCAGGUCAAAUUAAUCUAUGACAUACUCUCAGUCUGUAUACAGGUAUUCCUGUUUUGCUCAGCUGUGCAGAUUCAAUGAAAACAAAACAAAACAAAACAUUAGUGCAGUAAAAGUUCCAACAUAUCAUGUUUUCUAGACUCCGUCCCCAAUGGUCCACGGCCCCCCGAUGAAAACGGCGUUCGCCGUCUGAGAUUCACGGCAAACUCAGUCACCUCCCGAGACAAAAUUCACGUGAACCAGAGUCCCCAGGUACAUCCCCGUCACCAAAACAGGAUUGUUGCUUUUUAUGAGUUCUUGUAUAUGCAAAUCGUCUCUGAGACAAGCUCCCCAACACACCUAGAAAGCUGGACAGAGGCGUCGAAAGUGUGUUCUUAGUCCUCUUCUCUAACUGUCCCCUGCAUAAACCAACAUAGCUCUGAGACUUUGAUAAUAAUAAUAAUAAUAAUAACGUCUCCAAUAUUUUAGGCUUUUUGAGUCAAGGAACUUUAUUUAAGCAUUGCCUCAGAUUUAUCCCAGUUUAUGCUGUUUUUACACUGGUCAGUUCUUUUGUAUUCUUCCAGCAAUGAUUCUUUGAUUGUCCUCUUCUGGAUCUGUUCUACAUGAAAGAGGCUUUUUUUGUCUGUCCGAAUGUGACACCCGUCAUCAGAAUGGUCGCUGACCAUUUGCUCUCUUUCGAUGUAGAUGGACAACUUUUUUUCCUCCAGUUACCCGCUUUUGAUUUGCUCUGUAUUUUCCCUGCAGCUGUAAUUGCCGAGUGCCUGUUGUAUACUUUAUAGAGUUGAAAUAAAAAAAAACCAAUUACUUUUGAA